GCGAUCAGCUGACUGUGUGAAGUAGUAGAAAGUGCAGUUUUACACUAUUGAACUCCUGUUCUGACACGCUGAUUUUGAACUAAAUGUUCAUGUAAGAGCGAGAGAAAGCAGAGGAGCGUUAACAGGAAGUGGUGGAAAUCUGGAACUACUCAGAAGUGAGUGGAAGAAGUCGUCUCUCAGCAACAACAAAGAGUGAAAUAUGGGCAGUGAGUACCAACCACUGUCUUCAGCAGAGUCAUGCAGAAGUUUAUUCAUUGAGACGUCAGAGUGCUUUAUAUGCAGGGAUGUUGAACUUAAAGCCAGUGACCCACUGAGGAAUUUCUGUGACUGCAAGAAUUUACUUGCCCAUCACGUGUGUCUGUCCACAUGGAUCCAGACGGGAUGUGGCAGUGAAGACAGGCUGCGAUGCAUUGUCUGCAAAGCCAAGUAUCAGCUCCAGCGGACUUCUCCGUGGCGGUCUCUGAGCAUCCGGUGGCAGACGUGGCUCGUGCUGACCGUUGUGGUUUUUUUCAUGGCGCUGGUGCCGUAUGUUGUCCACUGCAUGAUGACUGCCUUCACCGACCCUCCCCCUCACAGCACCUUUAAACUGGCAGCAGCCUGCUUUGGGCUGCUGACAGAGAUCCUGCUGAUCAAGUGUCUGUCCAGCUACCUCAGCAGUCGCUACCGGCAGGCCGAGCAGAGCGCCUUCACGGUCCGGCCCAGAGGCUCCGAAGAGGACGGAAGGAGCGCGAGCCGCCGGGAUCACUCCGAGGCCGCUUCAGCAGCGGCAGGUUGCGCUCCGUCAGCAGCCUCGCCCGGUCGAGUGGACCAAAGGAAAGCAGAUGCGUUGAAGAGUGGAUGUCUCUGCCUUUUCUGAACCACUAACAGAAAGGAGUUUACAGAAUUCGGGGUGAGAGUGAAUCCUUUGGGCAUUAGAUGUUUCUCGCAGCCAUUCGAGAUAUCACAUCAGUUUAUCAGGGUGGCAUUUGUGAGAUCUUGCACUUUAAAACCUAUUUUCAAGGUGUCAAAUAUUCCUGUCCUCCUCUGUGUCAAACCCAAACGCUCUCGCUGUAUCCACUGGAUAUAUUCUCACAUAUUGCAAAUUGAUCCUAAGGGAGAUAAUGCACGGAGCUCGCAUGAGCGUGUUCAGGCUCAGAGAGAAAAAAGAGCCUGAAAUCACUCUCUUUCCAUAAUGAUGUCCACACAGAGACAAUGGGGCGCCGCUCUGAUUAGUGUCACCUGUCCUUGUGCAUCUCAUCAGCUCCAUUAUGGCUCCGUCUCCCAUGCUUCUUCUGCUAAUUGAAUAGCCUGUGAAGUGGUGACGAUGACGGGGGCGAGAGCGACGUCCGUCCCGUUGCUGCUUCAGCAACGAGAGUAAAGCUUCCCGGCGAGACGCCGCUGUUGCUCUUAAAACACGAACCGUUAUCGUACAGAUAGAAGAGGGGCUAACAAGUAGCCCUCGUGUUACAUCGCCAUCAUGUCGUCUGCGGAUUAUGUUCUUACAUGAAUCAUGUCUGCCGUGUGUUUUAAAGGGGGUGAUUUCUUCAGUGUAGUCGACCAGCGUCCACACUGGACCCAGAAGACAUUCACUGAAGGUUUUCAGGUGGACAGUCCUACAGAGCUGCACAUGACGGCGUGGUUAAAGCAGAAUUUCACCAUUUGCGAGUUGGCUGAUUAUUAUUCUUCCUCCUCCCAGCUAAUCCCAUGAGAAGCUGCUGUUUUGAGGGCACGGCUCUGCUGUUGACCCUGUGCUCACCUGCCGUUUGUUUGAGUUUGCGGUCGUUGUUUUGUGUGGAUUAACGGGAGCGACCCGACACAGAAUCACAAUGAACUCAGCGCGGCAGUGAAUUAGUCUGUGCCUUAUGGCGUUCCUGCUGCCUGGAAACUCUUCUUGGACCAGUUAGCACGACUUCCUGGUCUACACACGGGAACACCUGUUUUCUGUUCGCUCCUACGCCGGCGAUGUUUCCUGAGUUUACCGGAGGGACCGUGGUGAAUUAAGAUCCGUAAGACAAGUCAAAGAGAGGAAAGAAACGGUGCUCCAGAGGAGGUGCGAGACACACGGCUGCUGAUUCCCUUCACCUGCCAUCACGCUAUCCUGCGUUCGCAGCGUUUGCAGCAAACAGGGUGAGGUCAUGGUAAGGGGAAUUCAGGGAGUGCAGCCUUACCUGUCUUGCAGAGAUGUGGCUCAAAGAUCACACGACUCCAAGCUAUGCAAGCCAGUGGGCACCCCCCCGGGUCUAAAGUUCAACUCUUUUCUCUCUUUUAAACAUUUCUGUGUUUGGACAUAUCGCUCUUAUUCUCACUUGCGUGGUCCAAAUACUAACGCUGCAGCAGAGAGAGUCUCACUCUGCAGAUCAACCAGCUUUAAUACACGUGAUUUAGUGAGUAUUUACAAACCCUGCAGCAAUAUAUGGAGUGUCCCACUCGCUUCAGCCAGUCUUGAUCUUUGCUUUGGGAGCAUCACAGAUGCCUAUAAAGCUGCAAACCGUGCAAACUGCAGCCCGUCACCAACGUAGUUCAAGGUCAGUGGCGUGCACAGAGGGGGGGCAGGGGGGGCGACCGCCCCCCCUCGUGGCCCAGUUUUUGAAAAACGGGCGCUAAAGUGUCCUCUUGGGAGCCAAAACACG